AUGGCCUAUGAUGACACAAAUUGGGUGGCCUACAUGAGCCCCGAAAUCAGGGCUCAGCGAGCCAAGAUGUACGAAUCCCUUGGUAUGGGCGGCACAGUCAACUGGGCCACCGAUUUAGAACAAUUCAACGAUGCACCCAAGGGAUUAGAUAGUUGGGCUGGUCUGAUACUUGAAGCCAAGUCUGGCGUCAUCACGCCCCGAGGCGCUGGUAGCCGCAGGGGCAACUGGACUAAGAUCGGCUGUGACAGCGAGUACUACAGGGAGAUUCCCUAUUGGUCCCCUAUGACCCGUUGGGAAAAGCUUGGCGCUGCCGAUGCCUGGAGUGAUAUGUACGCCAAGUUCAAGAGUGCACUUGUGGCUGACGCCGCACUUGUCAUUGACAACACACUCCCUGACUUAGAGAACACAUUCGCCCCUGUUCCUCCAAAGAAGGAUGAUUCGUGGUUAAACACCAUCCUAGGUCUGAUCGCCUUGGGUGUGCCAACAGUUGGCGGGAAAUUCUUCGACGAUGUGCUGGCGGGAAUACCUGCGAUGGCCGCCAAAACUGACGCCUCGAGAGAUCACCACAAGGGGGUCUUGAACGCCAUCCUCACCAGUCCUGUCACGAUUGCAACAAAUCUGAAGGGCGAUUGGGACGCAAAGGACUGGAAACCCGAAAAGCAAGCCGAGUUCUCCAAGUACAUGGGUCAGAGUCUUAAAGCUUGGGAGUACAUUUUCACGACGGAUCUCAGAGAUCUAUUCGACGGCUCUGACAAGUCCAUUGAAAGACUCACCGCCAUGAUAGCGGACGGACGCCUGCUCGAUGGCGUUCCGGAAGACAUCCCCUAUCCGAAAAAUACAAAGCGCAAUGAUAAGGAGACCGAAGCAACAGAUGCUCAGAAGAAGUCGGUGGAAGAUAGUUUCCUAACUACCUUUUGGGCAUACUCUAUUCCCGCCGUUUGGCAGGUCUCGGGUCAUCAUCUUUUCAUCAUUGAUACAGGUCGAACCUGCGAUGAUAAGGAUAGCGACAAGUAUACCAAGGACUUGAAUGCAUUCUCCUCGCCCAAAGGCGUUGAAGAGCUCGAUGGCAAGGCCUGGAAUGGACUGAAGGUCGAAGAUAUCAUUACUGGAUCUGUCAAAACAUACAAGCAGAACGGCAAUGAGAACGGCGGAGGAAAGGCGGAUCCAAAAGAUCCAGGUACAUUUGACGCCCUCAAGAAGAUGGACAUCACGACUCCUGGGUUCAUGCACCUCCCCGUGUGCAGUGAGACUCUGGCCCGCAAAUCAUUGGAAAAUGCCGACACCACAGAUGCUACAAGAAAUAAGGAAGGUUUCCCAUACAACAACGAUAAUGGCAAGUCGUACUGCACCACAUCGAAAACAAUCUAUAUCGAAGAGACUACAAGUGGAUCGCCCCUUAUCGAGGAUUGUCUGGCUAUUGUCAAGAACAUAGAAGGAACAAGUAGGUCAUGGUUCAAGCCAAUCGAGUGGCAGUUCGGAAUUCUCAAUUUUGGAACAUGUACUUUCGGCAUUGAGGGCAAAGGUCGUAAGGGAAAUAUCGACGAAUAUGUCGGGGCCCAGGAUGUUGUCGAUAUUAUCCGAUACGCUUCGAAGCACUGGGGCUACGGAACUGGUAAAAUGCAGGGCAAGGGAGCUAUGCAGUGUGAUGGUAACAUCAAGAAGCAGGAGGUGCACUGGACUAUAUACAAAAAAUAUGGUUGA